AUGCUCACGCCGGUGGUGCCACGAACUCCUCUCCCCGAGGCGCAAUAUCCGGUGAUGUCCUCAGAGUACCGGGCCCUGGAGAUGGCCCCCUCGGUGUCGCAAUCACUGCCGGUGCUAGUGGGGGUGUGGACACCUCUCUCGUUCCUACCGAGAUCUCCGGCGAUCGCCGCCGGAGAGAUCUCCGGCGAUCAUCACGCAGAAUCGGAGGGGACGGGAGCCGCUGCGGAGCUUCAACGGCAGGUGCGAGCAGCGACCGAUUGCGUCGUGUGCCUCGAGGAGAUCCGAGCGAGGGAGCAGUGCCGUGCGUUGCCCCCCUGCGACCACGUUUUCCACGCAGCGUGCGUCGAUCGGUGGCUCGUGAAGUCCUCGGCGUGCCCGAUCUGCCGCGCCACUGUUUAG